CGGCCCCGCCCCCGCCAGUGCUGCUCGAGGAAGCCGCCGUCGACAUGGUGCAGGCUUGGUACAUGGACGAGUCCGCCGCCGACCCGCGGCUGCCCCACCGCGCGCAGCCCGACCGCCCGGUGGGCCUGGAGCAGCUGCGCACGCUUGGAGUGCUCUAUUGGAAGCUGGAUGCUGACAAGUAUGAGAAUGAUCCAGAACUGGAAAAGAUCCGGAAAGAGAGAAACUACUCCUGGAUGGACAUCAUCACCAUAUGCAAAGAGAAACUUCCCAAUUAUGAGGAGAAGAUCAAGAUGUUCUUCGAGGAGCAUCUGCACCUGGAUGAGGAGAUCCGCUACAUCCUGGAGGGCAGUGGGUACUUCGAUGUCAGGGACAAGGAGGACAAGUGGAUCCGGAUUUCCAUGGAGAAGGGGGACAUGAUCACGCUUCCUGCUGGCAUCUAUCACCGUUUCACGCUGGAUGAGAAGAACUAUGUGAAGGCCAUGCGGCUGUUUGUGGGAGAACCUGUGUGGACACCGUACAACCGUCCGGCUGACCAUUUUGAUGCCCGGGUACAGUAUGUGAAGUUCUUGGAAGGAAGAGCAUAGCGGUGCUCCCGGAAGAGUAACUGCACUGUGAGGCUCUUGCUGCAGUCACUGAUGGGAAAGUUGCUCACCUCUCUGCGUUUAUGUGUGGACUUGACGCUAGACCAGCUCUCCUUAGCAAGAUUGCCAGAUCAGAUUCUUUUUAAUGAAAGCAUCUAUAAAGGUGAUUUUUUUAUAUGAACACCACAAAAAUGUGAACAAGUGAUCUUAAUUUUCCCUAACUCUGUCAAGACUUAGAGGUAUGGGAGCCCUGGGUUGGUGUAUGCAUCAUGCAUGACAGAUGGUCAUAUCCCAGAAAGUCCUUCUGUAGGUGUGUAUUGGAAUGUGACAAUGUGCCCUUUGGAAG